CUUACCAUCUGUCAAAUAGCCUGGCCCCGUAUAAAGUCGCAUUGCGGUAUAAAGUUCCCGUCGAAAUUUCUUCACACAAAAACCGCCUUUCCGAUGUACGACGUCAGCGUAUAAUCACAAGUGGUCCGCGAGAUGCCGAACCGCACCAGCGAUGUUGAGCCGAUGCUCAACCACCCGCCGCAUUAUCUCCACGAACUACCCCAGGAGGACGAGGAACGUCUGGGCAGACUGUUCACCACUCUAGACCGGGAUGGCAACGGUAAAAUCGACAUCACCGACCUGUCCCAGGCGCUCAAGGAGCACGGGGUACAUCACGGAUACGCCGAGAAAUUCUUCAAGAGUACGCAAACGAAAAGUGGUGAAUUGUCCCUUGCGGAUUUCAUCUACUACGUGAGGGAGCACGAGAAAAAUCUCCGACUGCAUUUCUCCCAUUUGGACCGGAACCGAGAUGGAAAAAUUGACUUGGAAGAACUGAUCAGAGCAUUUAGCGACCUUGGCAUUCCACUGGACCGAAGUGAAGCAACGAAUCUUUUACAAAGAAUGGACCAGGACGGUAGUUUGAAUAUAAGCUACGAUGAAUGGAGAGACUUUCUCUUGUUGGCCCCCAGCAGCAACAUUCAGGACCUUAUUACUUACUGGAGACAUUCUACGUACCUCGACAUCGGGGAGGACAUGAACGUACCCGAUGACUUCACACAAAAUGAAAUGCAGACGGGCAUGUGGUGGAGACAUCUCGCAGCUGGCGGUAUUGCUGGUGCCGUUUCCAGAACUUGUACGGCUCCAUUAGACAGACUAAAAGUGUUCCUCCAGGUACAACCAAGCAAACAAAAAAUCAGUGACUGUUUCAAGUACAUGGUGAAGGAAGGUGGUGUAAGUGGUUUGUGGCGUGGCAAUGGGAUCAACGUGCUUAAAAUCGCCCCGGAAUCCGCCAUCAAAUUUGCCGCUUACGAGCAAGUCAAACGCCUCAUCAAAGGCGACUCCAAGCAUACGCUUAGCAUUUAUGAAAGGUUCUGCGCCGGUGCUGUUGCCGGUGGCGUCAGUCAAACUGCCAUUUACCCCUUGGAAGUCCUAAAAACCAGGUUAGCGCUGAGAAAGACUGGCCAGUACAAAAGCAUAGCCGACGCAGCGUAUAAAAUUUACGUGGGCGAGGGGGUGCGCAGCUUCUACCGGGGUUACGUGCCUAACAUCCUGGGAAUUAUCCCAUACGCAGGCAUAGACCUGGCGGUAUACGAGACGCUGAAGAAGAAGUACUUUAAGACGCACACGCACGACGAACAACCCAGCUUCUGGAUGCUGCUCGCGUGUGGUUCCGCCUCCAGUACUUUGGGUCAGAUGUGUUCGUAUCCGCUGGCGCUAGUGCGGACGAGAUUGCAAGCUCAAGUAAUUCAUCCAACAAUAGACCCGUCGACGGUGACAAUGAGCGGGACGUUCAAGGCUAUAAUCGAAAAGGAAGGAGUUCUGGGUCUGUAUAGGGGAAUAACGCCAAAUUUUAUAAAAGUGAUGCCAGCGGUCAGCAUCAGCUACGUGGUCUACGAAUAUUCCAGCCGACUACUCGGCGUGAAUAUGACGUGAUGCCUGGGCAUUUUUAGGUGUUUCAUAUAUUUUAAAUUAAAUUUCCAAUCGGGAAUGUCCCAGCUCCCGUGGGGGACGGCGAUAUCUCUAGCAAUUUAAAGUUGCUUAGCUAAUUUAUUUAUUUGUACAGAAACAUGUUGAUAAAGUUCUUCUCUUCUCGAUAGGCUUUAAAUACCUUAAAAUUACUCAAAUCUGUUUCUGACGCUUGUGAAUGAAAAUAUACAUACGUUAGGAAUGUAACAUUUUAAACUAAUUUACACUAUAUAUCUCGUUGGUGUUUAAAUUCCGUAUUCCAACCAAAGACCGCAUCUUUAUAAUGACACAGCGUGUUCAGAGUGCUCUCGCAAAGUUGGAAUAAAUUCGUUAUAGAAUCUUCCAAGUGGUGGUUUUGGUCAAACGCUCUGAACACAUAUUUAUUAAUGAAAAUCUAUGAAAAUGAAGAAUGUGAUGUACUUAAUAUUUUAAUAAUUGGUAUUUAUUAUACUAUAACUGUAUUUAUAUAAAAAAUGUUAAAAUGAAAUCUAUGAUACUA